AUGUUCAAGUUCAACUUUACCAGCCAAGAACUCGACAUUGACGAGACGGAAAAUCAAAAUCUUGAGACGUCGUUGAAUGAUUUAUCCUUGGAGGAAUCCUCGACUGACAAGAAAAUCCCUGCCCGGGAAUAUGAUAUUUCUAGCACAGGAUUGCCGAAUGUCAUUCAGGGCGAUGUCAUUCAGCUGCCAUCGCUUUCCCGACCACUUUACAAACGGAUGCUGGACGAUGUCAAGUUUCAAAUGGCACAGCAAGAUACGUUUGAUGAGGACAACGAUAAUGCAUGCUCCAAAGUCGUCUCUAUGCUUAAUCUAAGCGGCAACAGUGAUUUGGUGCGAGGUGUAUACGAAGGUGGUUUCAAAACAUGGGAAUGCUCUCUUGACCUGGUGGAAUUCUUGGCCCAGUUGCCAAGUCAUGAAAUUUGUGACAAGAAAAUUUUGGAAUUAGGCUGUGGAUCGGCUCUUCCAUCGUUGUAUCUGUUAUCAAGGGAUGAAAAGAAUAGAGUGGACGUUCAGGACUAUAACGAGGAAGCGAUACGCUACAUCACGAUACCCAACAUUCUCCUGAACACCGUGCUUUCGGUACAAGAUUCUACCUCGACCGAUCUGGUGGAGGACACGGGUGAUAUGGAAGAUUCGGAAUCAUCGUCCGAGGAAGAGGAAGAUGAAGAUGAAGCUCCUGAGGAAAAGGAUCAAAUUAUUGGCGAAUCCAGCGAAUGUGACGUGGAAGCCGAAAUCAAUUCUGAAAAGGUGCCUGAAAUGCUUGCACGCGUAAGCGAACGCACACGUGCAUUUGUAGGCGACUGGAGCAAUCUACCCACUCAACUCAAUGUUCCUGAAAUGGCGGAUAAAUACGACACCAUUGUUACCUCAGAAACCAUAUACAACGAACAUGCUCUGCCCGAUCUGGUGCGCGUCUUUCAAUAUGCUCUGAAGAAGCCAUCCGGAGUCGCGUAA